AGGCACUGGAUGGCUUUUGUCUGUAGCUUUACGCUUAAAUGAGAAGAGAGUAUUUUUUAAAAUAGAUUUUACAAGCUGAUAUUUAUAUAAGAUAAGCACUAAAAUUGUUUAGAUAAACCAUUGGUAUCCAUUUAAUAACAUUUACUACAUUUCCGACCAUUCAUUCAUUCGAGUCAAUUCUCUGUAAAGCUCUGUUGACAAGGAACCCACUGGUUCCACUGCCUUCUCCCAGUCUGAAAAUGAGUGAGCCUACUGCUACCGCUACAGAAGCCCCUAGCGAUGUGAUCCCCAGUGUUACUACUGGUGUUACCACUGAAGGUGUAGAUCAACUUUCUACUAAUGCAAACGAGCCGCCCAAGGAAGAGGUCAAGUUGGUGGCAACAGCAGGCAAGAAGCAGACCAAGAAGAAGGUGGAAGAGGUGGUAGAGGAAGAGGAGGAGGAAUACGUGGUGGAGAAGGUGCUGGACCGACGGGUGGUAAAGGGACGCGUUGAGUUUCUGCUCAAAUGGAAAGGCUUCUCAGAUGAGGACAAUACAUGGGAACCGCAGGACAACCUGGAUUGCCCUGACCUGAUUGCUGAGUACAUGCAGAAUCAUCAUAACAAAAAAGAAAGUUACAAGAAAGAGUCUGGUGGCAAGAGGAAAGCUGGUGAGUCUGAUACAGAGGCAGGGGGUGAAGAAGGCAGGCCCAAGAAGAGGAAAGAUGAGGCAGAGAAGCCCAGAGGCUUUGCUCGUGGACUUGACCCCGAACGGAUCAUUGGAGCCACAGACUCCAGUGGAGAGCUGAUGUUCCUCAUGAAAUGGAAGAACAGUGAUGAGGCGGACCUGGUGCCGGCCAAGGAGGCAAACAUUAAAUGUCCACAGGUGGUCAUAUCCUUCUACGAGGAGCGUCUGACAUGGCACUCCUACCCCACCGAGGAGGAAGAGAAGAAGGAUGAUAAGAACUAGCCACAGGUCCAGGAUGA